AUGAAGAGCUUAGGGCCUCUUCAGUACUUCCUAGGUCUUGAGAUCUCCGACACCUCCGACGGAUAUUAUCUCUCUCAAGCCAAGCAUGUCUCCGACCUUCUGUCUAGUGCCGGUCUCACUGACUCCAAGACUGCUCCUACGCCUCUAGAUUCUGACUAUCGUCUUACUCCCAUGGACGGCGUCCCCCUCGAUGAUCCUACUCUGUAUCAUCAGCUGGUAGGAAGUCUGAUCUACCUGACUGUCACUCAACCGGAUAUUGCCUAUGUCAUCCAUAUCAUCAGUCGGUUUAUGUAUGCUCCUCGGAUGACUUAUCAUUCUGCUGGUCUACGGAUUGUCCGGUAA